UCCUAAUCUCAUCUUUCAUCUUUCGACGAUUCGCGACGUUUCAGAAGAAGAAUAACCCUUCAAUUCUCAAUCCUUCAGACGAGAUAUAGAACAUUUGUUCAAGACGCUUACGACGAUGAUGCUCUGAAACUGUUCAAUUUCAAGAUCGGCAGCCGCAAGUCUAAACAAUGCAGAAAUAUGUUGAUCCUUUAGACGAGAGAUAGAAUACUUGUUCAAGAUGCAUACAACGAUGAUGCUCUGAAAGUGCUCAAUUUCAACGAAGGAGAUCGGCAGCCGCAAGUCUAAACCAGCUCAUCUUCACUACCGCCUUGACUCUUCCAUCAAAGCUCGUCUCGUCGUUCAUCGUCUUGAUUAUUUAGGAUCAAUUGCUCAUCGGCAACGAUUUCUCCCUCCCUCGCUGGGAAGACGUUUCUCCCAACAUCAACACGUCUUUCCAUAUUCUCUCUCUCUAGUUUGAAGGAGACAACCAUCAUCGCGAAAUGGCUACUCAAGUAAUUGUUUUCUAUGAUGGAGAAUGGAAAAUUACUGAUGGUGUUAGUUCUUUUGUUCCAAAUUCAUCCAGAGGUUUGACUAUACCCCCAAAUACUAAAUAUGUCGAAUUAGUUGAUAUCAUCUAUCGUGCGAUUAAUGUGGACAAAUCUAGAUAUGAUUUAGUGCUUAAAGUAAAGUAUAAUCUGCCGGGUAUUGAAAUUUCCCCUCCCGUUGUUAUCAAAGAAGAUAUGGAUGUGGUGUUCUAUUUAAAUGAAAUCUCGACUUCACUUCAGCAUCGCACUCCACUAUGUGUCUCUUUAGUAGAGAAGCCAUCACUUACAAAUCCAACUCAAGAAAGUAUACCACGAGUUACUUCAGAAUGUGAUGAUCAAACUCAAGAAAGUAUACCACGAGUGACUCCAGAAUUUGAUGAUCCUGACGUAAUCCCGAUGCCUGAGCUGUUUUGUUCACAUGAAAACGUGAGCAUUGAUGAUACGAUAUCUGCGACAUUAUUUUGUGAAAUUGGAUUGGAAGUCGGUACCUUGUUUGAGAAUAAAAAAGAACUACAACUGAGGUUACAUAAAUAUUCGAUGACUAAUAAUUUUAAUUUCAAAGUAGAGAAGUCAACAAAAGUGGUUUGGUAUGUGAAAUGUUUAGAUGAGAAGUGCAAGUGGAGAUUGCGUGCUGUGAAAAAUAAAUUCUCCGAGAUGUUUGAGGUUCGGAGAUUUGUAAAAGAACACACAUGCUCUGUUGUGACAAACCAAUUGGAUAAAAGACAAACACCAGCAUGGGUUAUUGGGGAGUGCAUGAAGAGUAAGUAUAUUCAUCACCAUGAUCACUUGCCGAAGAAAAUUAUUGAAGACAUGCAAACAAGUUAUGGGAUAAAGAUGACUUAUAAUAAAGCUUGGAGAUCCCGAGAAAAGGCAUUAAUGGCGGUGCGAGGAACUGUAGAGGAUUCCUAUAGUAAAUUGCCAUCAUACCUAUAUAUGUUGGAGUUGAAUAAUCCGGGUACUAUAACAGACAUUCAUACGGAUGAACUCGGCCAUUUUAAGUAUAUGUUCAUGUCCCUAGGCGUCUCAAUUAGGGGUUUCAAAAGCUGUUGCCGUCCUGUAUUGUGCAUCGAUUCCAGUUUUCUAAAGCACACUGUUGAAGGUAAACUAUUGGUGGCGAUAGCAUUAGAUGCGAAUGAACAAUUAUAUCCCGUUGCUUUUGGAGUCGUUGAUUCAGAGAAUAAUAAUUCCUGGCUAUAUUUCAUGCAAAAGUUAAGAGAAGCAAUUGGAUCAGUCCCGGAUCUUGUAUUUGUAUCCGAUAUACACUCAAGUAUUAUCAAUGCCUUGUCCGUAAUUUUUCCGGAAGCAGAUCAUGGUGCAUGCACAUACCACAUCAAAAUGAAUAUUAUGGACAAAUUUAAAACUGAUCACUGCCACACGGAGUUUGAUUUGGCUUCUCGCGCUUACACAGACUCAAAGUUUAAUCGGCAUUUUGACAGGAUCAGGGCUAAUGACCCUCGUAUUGCUGUCUAUUUGGAAGAAAUUGGGUUGGAAAGAUGGAGUCGUGCAUUUUUCUCCGGUAAGCGAUACAAUCAACUAACAAGCAAUUAUGCCGAGAACUUUAAUAGUCAGAGUAGAAAUGGUCUUCAGUAUUCCAUAACAAUAUUAAUCGACUAUUUAAGAUUCACAAUACAGGAAUGGUUUAAUAAUAGAAGAGAAAAAUCGUCCAAUCACACCGAACGUUUAUCUCAAUAUUUUGAAAAGAUUCUACGUGAGCAAGUCGACAAUGCCAAAUUCUAUAACGUCCAAUUGAUUAACCAUUUCGAGUUUUAUGUCCAUGACAGUGAAUCUAAUUUUAAAGUUGACUUCAAAAGCAAGACUUGUAGUUGUAGAGUAUUUGAUGUAUCCGGUUUUCCUUGUACGCAUGCUUUGGCUGCUGCCCUUAAUCAAAACUUGGAUGUCUACGACUUCUGCUCAAGGUAUUACUCAACUGAAUCAUGGUUCAAUGCAUAUGCGGAAACAUGUUAUCCAGUUUGUAAUGAAGACGCUUGGAAUAUUCCCGAAAAUAUCAAGCAACGGGUGUGCCUAAAACCACUUGGUAAGGUUAAGGAAAGGGGGCGAAUAAGAAAGCGUAGGUCAUCUCAAAGUGAUCCUCGUAUUGUGAGACGAUGCAACAUAUGUGGUGGUCAAGGUCACAACAGGGCAACAUGCUCUCAUCGAUCAUAAUCUAGAACACAACCUUUAGUUUGAACUUAAAUUAGUGAUUUCAUGUGUUAGACAUUAAUGCUUGGUAUUCUCGUCAUCAUCGACUUUGGUUUAAUUUAGUUGUGUAGACUUUGGUUUAAUUUAGCUGUGUAGUUACACUAUGAAGCUAGUGUUGCCAUAUUAUGGAUUAUAUUUGUAUGUUGUGCCCAGAUAAUAUGCCUCUUCAAUCAUGUGAUGCUUCAAUCAUGUGAUGCUGCGUGUGGUUUAGGUGACAAGCUGGUUUUAUAUUAAUUGUGAUUGAUUCA